AUGACUAUGCUUUCUGACUUACCCAUUGAAGUUCUUUUGGAUCAUUUAUUGCCUUGGCUUGCUAUUCCAGAUCUCAUCCAUCUGGGAGAAACAAGUCACUUCUUUGCGCAAUUGUGUAACGAUGAGACAUUCUGGAAGAGGAAGUUAGAAGAGGAUUUCAAUUUUACAGAUGAGAGGACCGCACGAAUCAGUGGAUGGAAACGCCUCUAUAGAGGUUUGCGCAACCCAAAGACUUAUGUAUGGGGCGAUCCUUCGAAGGGAAGAUUAGGAUUGAGGAAGAUACCAAACUCAACUCUUGGUGAUGUCCCACACCCAGCUGAGUUGCAGAUCAAAUCAAGCGCACGUAUAGUCAGUCUCUCAGCCGCUGGGUGGGCAUUCUUUGCACUGGACUCUGCUGGUAGCGUAUACGUGUGGGGAACUUUGGAUGGCGCCUCGUAUGCUCUACAACACGAUGGGUACUCCGAAUCGGCAAAACAAGCUCAUACACCAUUGAAGCUUGACAUGCCAUCUCCUACGCGGAGCAUUAGUUGUGGGCGGUUGCAUGCUGCUACGCUGGAUGAUCAGCAUCACGUUUGGACCUUUUUAAGCUGGGGCCGUCCCUUCAGGCUUGCCACGCCGGUGCUCGCCGCAACUUCGCUGGAUUCUACUCCUGCGCUGGUUGAAUCCGGCUGGAACUUUUCAUCAGUCCUUACCAAAUCUGGUGAUGUGUAUGUCUGGUGGCCAUUCAGUGCACCCCUAAAGGACGUUAUCGCUGCACAAAGUGCGGCUAUGGAUGCCGCGGACCUAAAAGCUUACGCUACCGAGGAUGGUGUCAUCCCAUGCUCGACAUGGGAGCUUCAUGAAGAACCCACGAUGUUACCACCGCUUCCUCGACUGCCGGAGAUGUCACUUGGGUCAGUGGAACCCGUGAAGCUUGUUAAGCUCGCAGCUUUGGAGAGUCGGCUCAUCGGUUUGACUAAUCAUGGUCAUAGAUGGGAAUACCUUCCCAACUUCUCUGAAGUUGACAAGGUUCAGCAGCACUCCGCUUAUGUUUCUUCUCAGCUGAAGCCGCCGGAUAGCUUGCGAAUAUCUCAUAUCUCGGCACAAUUUCAAACAUUUGUUGCUUAUUCUCCUGGUUCCAGUUCUGUCAUUCUCUUGGGUUCUCACGAAACACAUGCCGAUUCGAAUCCUGUGAUUCUCCCCGCACUUCAAAACAACGACAUUAUCUCCGUUGUUCUUGGAGAUUACCAUUACGGUGCUCUUACAUCCACCGGGAAACUUUUGACGUGGGGUGAAUAUUCGCGAGGUGCACUCGGCCUCGGUGAUCCUGGAAUGCUUCCCCCUGGCCAGCCAGGGGGCUACAGAACUGAGGCACGCAAAAGAGCUGCUGUUUCCAAUGGCGGUCCAUAUCCGCCGGGCAUCUCCGAGCCCGCGGAGGUCAGCUUUGGUCACGGGGAAGCACAGAAGGAUAAAAUGUUUUGCUUUGCUGUAGCAGCUGCUGGGUGGCACAUGGGAGCUCUCGUCAUUGAUUUAGAGCCACAGGCAACUGUUCAGGAAGAUAACGACGAAGACGAUGGCCCUCCCAUGCCAGGACGGUUUCCCAGAUCUCGCGAAACGGGGGAGUCACCGCAGGACUAUCCUGGGGAGCCAAUGGCAGGUCAGUGGGGCCCGCCUAUAAGGACCAGGGGGUUUCGAAUCGGGUUUGCUGGAAGAGGCGCCAUCAGAGGUGGACAUUUGGGUCGCGGUCGCGGCCGUGGCCGUGGCCUUUGAGAGUAACGGCCAAACUUGGGGUUUAUAAGAGUCUAUGGGCCACUUCUCAUGCUUAGAUAUGGGCGUACGGCCGUAUCAUGUCACGUUUUAUUCUGCUUCUUGAUCGCAACCUUUGAUGUCAUCACGAACACUCUAGGACUUGAGAAAGCUGACAUACAACAAGGUAUGAUGUUGGUUUCUUUCCGUUUUCUGACAUACAUCGUCACACCUUUCGGGGGCCAGAAAGAAACGUCCUCGUGGUGAGAUACUCACAGUACACCAUUACGUUGUUUCCAUUCCCGCAGCGGAGUCCCGAACAGGUAUUAAUUAAUAAAGACCCUUCAAGCUUCAGAUGUGACAGACCCAGACGCACUCGAUCAAUAUGUCAUCUCCGAU